UUGAGUUAAACCUGUUUGUGUAGGUGAUACCGGUUCUCGAACUGCUCUCCGUAAACUGACCUGUGUUUACAUAUCAUUUAACUAACUUUCAUACGGUCUCUUGAUUGACAGUUGGGCUGUGGUAAUGUUGGAUUGAGCCCAUAAUACACACUGGUCUUUUGUGCGAAGCCAUUUCAUCAAAAAUGCGUCUUUUAACACUUGCGCUAAUCAUCGUUGCUUUUACUCUUUUCGUUCAAAACACGGAGGCUUGGCUUGGUCGACGCAGAAGACGGCGAUGCUCGCCCGGUUGUGUUUGGUCGAGCUGGGGUGGAUGGGGCUCCUGCUCCGUAAACUGCGGAGGUGGAAGAAGAUGGCGAUCUCGCUACCCUCGACAUGGGCAAGGAGCUUGUGGUGCAAGCUGUUCUGGUUCUUCAUCAUCAAGUUCAAUGUGUAACUCGCAUUGCUGUAGGGUGGACUGCAGUUGGUCCUGGUCGUCUUGGAGCCCUUGCCGCGGGUGUGGGAUUUCGACUCAAUCUAGAAGAGUUGUCAUUAGAAGAAGCCCCUCUUGUGGAGGCAGAGCUUGCCCGUCGACGGUGCCACAAUCUCGCAGCUGUAACACUGGCGUUUGCUGUCCAGUGAAUUGUGUUGUUAACAGUUGGGGGAGCUGGGGAGCUUGUGACGCCUCCUGCGAACAAAGUGGCAAGCAGACACGAACACGGUCGAUACGCACGCGUCCCAGCUGCAAGGGCACAGCAUGUCCAACUCUAAUCGAUACAAAACCCUGUAAAGGUGGCUGUUGUCGAAGAGAUUGUUUGGUCUCAAGUUGGUCAGCAUGGAGCAAGUGUAACGCUCCGUCUGGCAAGUGUGGACCCAA